UAUGAUAAUGACAUAACGUCAUUGCCGGGGGGUGAACUUCCAGAGCUCCGAACUCCAGCUUUUUUUGCGUUAUCAUAUCGAUCUUUUAUCCAGAUCUCAACAUGAAACCUACAAUUACAAAAAUAAAAUUGCGGUAAACAUGGCUGGCCUCCAACCGCUCAGAGCGCAUGGUCUAGUUGGUUCACUCACAAAAACAUCAAUUCGUCCGACUCGAUGUACGGUAGCUAGCUCGAAGGGAUGGUGCACGGCGUCGCGGACUCAGGUUCGGUAUAAGUCGGGGCCAUAUGGAUACACGCAGGCGAAAGCACUUGUUUUCAGCGAGUAUGGCGAGCCGAAGGAUGUAUUGAAACUACACACACACUCCAUAUCCCCCAACCUCCCCUCCUCAUCCGUCCUCCUCCGCACCCUCGCCGCACCCAUCAAUCCCGCCGACGUAAAUACAAUCCAAGGCACCUACGGCGCGCUCCCACCCUUUUCCUCGCUACUUGGCACAACCGAACCCUCUAUAAUACCCGGUAACGAGGGGGUGUUUGAAGUCGUUUCUUCGUCCGCACCGGCUUCCGCGAGUAUAAGUAAAGGGGAUUGGGUUAUUCCUAAGAAAACCCAAUUCGGCACUUGGCGCACACAUGCGCUAGCUCCGGCUGAUGAAUUAAUUAAAAUUGAGAAAGAGGGGCUGUCGCCUGCCCAGGUUGGGACUGUGGCUGUGAAUCCGUGCUCGGCGUAUAGGAUGUUGAGGGAUUAUGUUAGAGACCCUACGCCGCUUAGGGAAGGGGAUUGGUUUGUGCAGAAUGGUGCGAAUAGCGGUGUUGGGCGCGCGGCUAUUCAACUUGGACGGUUGUGGGGGUACAGGAGUAUUAAUGUUAUACGCGCCCGGGAAUCGGCUGAGGAAACGCAGGCUCUUGUCGACGAGUUGAAGGAACUGGGUGCUACGCAUGUGGUUACGGAGGAAGAAUUCCAGGCGAGAGAAUUCAGGGAACGGCUUGCAGAGUGGACGAGAGGGAAUCGUGAGGGUGUGAGAUUAGGGUUGAAUUGUGUAGGGGGGAAGAGCGCGCAGGGGAUUGCGAAGACGCUUGGUUCGGGGGGGACUAUGGUUACGUAUGGGGGUAUGGCGAGGCAGCCUGUUGCGUUGCCGACUGGGUUGCUGAUUUUUAAAGAUCUGCGGUUUGUCGGGUUUUGGUUGAGUCGCUGGGCUGAUCGCGAUCCGGCGGAGAAGGAGAGGACUGUGAAUGAGAUUUUGGGGUUGGUUAGGGAGGGGAAGUUGAAGGAUGUGCCGACCCAGGAACUGACUUGGAAUUGGGAGACAGAGGUUAGCACGUUGACGGGUGCGGUGCAAGGUACGCUGCAAGGGUUUAGGGGCGGGAAGGGAAUAUUUAUGUUUAAGGAUACCUGAGAACGGGUAAUAAUGAUGGUUGAGGUGGGUAUUAUGGUCUACAUGAUGCGCUCAUAGUAUCUCACCAAGCGAGCUACUUAAGCCUCAUGAAUAGAGAAGCCCCCUUAAAUAGGCAGGCUUGCUUGAGAUAGAAAAGCCUACAAGCCUGUCACGAAUUGAGCUUCACAAAAUUAAUGGCUGUUAAAA